AGGAAGACUGUACCCGUCCCUUUAAGAUCGAUUCCUGUCCUCUUUGGAGAAAAAUACCCGGUCACAAACAUUUUCGGGAUUUUCCCACUUUAUCCCGUCUUAUUUCCUGAUCAGUUAAUAACUAUACUAAGUAUCCUCCGCAUAAGCACAUAUUCACAACCGAUUGGCGCUGGGUGGGCGGGGCAGACGUCCGUCUGGAGGACACGGUGUCAAAACCAAGAUCACCUAACAAUUAGCCCAAUGGGGUGUCAGGACCUUAGAGACCUGGGCUGUUCCCAGGGCUUGAACACGAGAUAACUAACACCCACUGAAGUGGCCUGACAAGCAUCGUGUCCUGCCCGGAUGUUUGUUUGUUCUAAGAGAGAGGGGGGAAGGAAGGGAGACAGGGAGAGACGCGAUGUGAGAGAGAAACAUGAUCGUUGCCUCUCCUAGCCGCCAGGGUUGAGAAGCAGUCUCCGCUUGGCCUGUUACCCUGCAGUCAGCCUGCAUCGCUCAUUUAUCAUCACCCGUCUGCCUCCGGAGAUUUAGAGAUUCCAGUUGACAUCAAGUACUUUGCCUGUAAGGAGUAGAGCAGCUCUUAUCAACAGCAGUGACCGAACCUGUGUUUUGGAAGAGGACUGAUGGCUUUGAGCCCAGGUUGGAGAGCAUUUGCGCUGCUUCCAGGGACCCACUGUGGUGUCUUUCGGAAGGCCCCGAGAAGCAGUUGUCUUUCCUCAUUUCCUUGGGGCCACUGCCCCUGGAGAGGCACGGGAAGCUCUUUGGACCCCGAGAUGAAAGCGUUCCUGGAGGAGAACACUGAAGUCACCAGCAGUGGCAGUCUCACUCCCGAAAUCCGGUUGCGGCUUUUGACCCCCAGAUGCAAGUUCUGGUGGGAAAGAGCUGACCUGUGGCCCCACAGCGAUCCCUACUGGGCAAUCUACUGGCCAGGAGGCCAAGCCCUAUCUAGGUAUCUUUUGGAUAAUCCUGAUGUUGUCAGAGGAAAAUCUGUGUUAGAUCUUGGGAGUGGAUGUGGAGCUACAGCUAUCGCUGCCAAGAUGAGUAGGGCAUGCAGGAUCCUGGCCAAUGACAUAGACCCUAUUGCAGGAGUGGCUAUCACACUAAAUUGUGAAUUGAACCAACUGAAUCCUUUCCCCAUUUUAACCAAAAAUGUUUUGGAUUUGGAACAAGAUAAGUGGGACCUUAUUGUGCUUGGAGAUAUGUUUUAUGAUGAAGACCUUGCAGACAGUCUUCACCGAUGGCUGAAGGGCUGCUUUUGGACCCACAGAACUCAAGUACUGAUUGGUGACCCUGGCCGACCCCAGUUCAGAGGACACAGCAUUCAGCAUCAGCUGCACAAGGUAGUGGAAUAUUCCCUUCCAGAAGCUACGAGGCAGGAAAACAAUGGACUGACAACAAGCACAGUGUGGGAAUUCCAGCCCUGAGUUGUCCAACUGCUUCCAAGUACGGAUGUAGCUAUGUUUGGGCUUAACCCUAAAAGACUCUCCAGUUUGAAGAAUGCAGUUCCUAUUAAAUGGCAAAUGUUUCCAAAAUAUGAAGGUUUCAAGUUUUGUCAUGUAACUAGUUCUGCAUUAUGCCAAAUAUAUAAAUCUGUAUCUGGAAUUUCUUUCUCGUUUUACUGCUCUAGGAAUAUAAUUAUAGAAGGCAAUAUGCAACUGGCAGCAACAUGUAAUUUAAGUUGUGGAGAGAAUUUGAUAUUGUAGCAGAGUCUGUUUCUGGAGUUAAGGCAAAACUAUAUGAUGUGUUAUUUAAUUAAACAAACAAAAUGCAAAAUAUAGAAGAAUAUAUUAUUUAGUACAUAAUAGGGACUAAAUCUGACAACCAUGGAUAAAAAAAUAUGUUAAAAUUUCCUGCCUACUCUGUACUGACAACUUAUGCCUCUUAGAAAUUGGAUAUGCCCCUGCUACAUGUCUCAGAUUUUGAGGAUCCUAUGUAUCAAUAAAAAACACUGUGAUGUAAGUGAGAAACAACGUGAAGAAGAAUGCGUGUAGUAUUCCGCUCUGUAAAAAAGAUGUACGUAUAUAUUGAGGAAAAGAAUGAAGAUAGGGAAAAUACAAAAUGGAGUCACUUUAACCAAGCUGCUAAAUUAUUAACAUUAUAAAGUUUGAGGCAUAAGGAAAUGUGUUUUUUUUUUCUUGUCUUAACAUCCCUGGGAACUUAAACUUUUGAACUUUCCAGGCCCAUGUCAAUGUCCAGACAUUUAUUUACCUUUGAAUAACCAUCUGACUACCCCCUAAAGGACUCGGGAUGUGCCCAGGCCGCCUGGUGCCCAUCCUCCAGACCCCCUGGCAUCCAUCAUCCAGACCUCUGACAUUGGCUGGUAACCACCCCAGACCAAUCCUACGGCUGAGAAUGCAGGGCUGAUGAUUCUCAAGGACAUGGCUUUUACUAUAAGAACGCUUAACUCUUCUUUGGAAUACUUCUGAAGGUUUUUGCCUAGCUGUAUUUCCAGUUUGCAGACUCUAAGACCCUUGAAUAAAUUUUUGUCAUUUUUU